CAUCGCCCGCAGGCAUUUGACUUACCUGAGAGUUGCAGGAACGCACAUCUGCUUAAGACACCAACUAAGCUUUGCGUGAGACCGGUUACAUAAGCAAGAAAAGCAGAAAUCAGCCAGUUCAAUGUAGCCAUCCUGCUAGAACGAUCACUAAAGCGGGAUUAUAGGAGCUCAUCAUCGCCUUAUGAACAGCGGAUCUAAGGAGUUCAGAAGCCAUCAGGGACGAUGAGAAACUCUGGCGCCGUGCUGGUUUUGACCUUUAUUGCCAAAUUAAUAUCACAAGCAGCAGGUGUCAGUCCGCCAGGCAAACCCAGACUCACAAGCUGUCGCUCUCCAGAGAAAGAGACUUUUACAUGCUGGUGGGAGCCUGGAGAUGAUGGAGGUCUGCCAACCACCUACGCUCUCUACUACCGUCUAGAAAACUCAGAGACGGUCUACGAGUGUCCAGAUUACAGAACGGCGGGCGAGAACUCGUGUUUCUUCAACAAAAAUGACACAUCGCUUUGGGUCAACUACAACAUCACUGUGGUGGCCACCAACGCCCUGGGAAAGAACACUUCAGACCCUGUGGAGGUGGAUGUAGUGUAUAUAGUUCAACCAAACACUCCAGAGAACGUGACAGCGGUUGUGGUUAAUGGCGACCAGGGUCCGUACGUGAGAGUGUCCUGGGAGAAACCCCGAACCGCAGACACCCGCUCAGGAUGGAUCACGCUACUGUACCAGCUACGAGUUAAACAAGAAGAAGAUACAGAAUGGGAGGAAUAUGAUGCUGGUAUGCAGAAGUACUACAUUGUGUUCAGUCUUCAUUCCGAUAAAACAUAUAUGGUGCAAGUGCGCUGUAGACCCGAUCAUGGUUUCUGGAGCGAGUGGACCCAAACCACCUACGUCAAAAUGCCUAAUUAUAUACCCAGAGAGCGUUCGUUGUGGAUCAUGAUCACAAUAUUCUCUGUCUUCAUCGUCCUCAUCCUCACCUGGACACUAAAUGUGAAACGAAACAGUGUGAAGCUUUGUUUGCUGCCUCCUGUUCCUGGACCAAAAAUCAAAGGAUUUGACAAACAGCUGCUCAAGAGCGGAAAGUCAGAGGAAGUUUUCAAUUCUUUGGUGAUCCAAGGUUUCCCUCCAACCACAGAUUACGUCGACUUAAUGGUAGAGUACCUUGAGGUGUAUGACAAUGAGGAGCAAGAAUUGGUCUUGGAUGGUAAAGAUCUAUCAGAGGACUGCAUGAAGUCCAAAAGCCCGUCGGACAGCGAUUCAGGCCGGGGAAGCUGCGAUAGUCGCACUCUGCUUUUAGAGAAGUGCAUGGAGGGACGGGAAGGAAGCACAAGUGAUCAACAUCAAUACAGCCAGCAUGGAGAAACCAGCUGGGCUUCUACUGAAAGCAGUGAAAGCCAGGGUCCCGAACCUGGUUCUCCAGACUCCACCGAUGGACGUGUAAAGACCUGGCCUGUCGUAUUUUCGUCUCCUCAACCGCAACCUCACCACCAUUACCAGAACGGAGUGGUGAAACCGGCCUACCACAGCGUCCCAGAGAUCCUCAGCCAUUUGUCGCCACUUGCAACACCAAGCAACUACCACCAGCUAUCACCACAACAGGAGGGCCGCUUCAGUAAACCAGCCUGCCGACAUUCUCAAAGCUACAACCAGUUUAACCUGGACAGCGUCCACACUCCUGUUCCCGGCGUGUCUCAGUCACAUUCUUUGGAAUACGUAGAAGUGCAAACGGUCGACCUGCAGAAUAUGCUACUGCUUAGGCCGCUUUCAGACCCAAACCGCGAACCCGAAGGGUCUGAUUACGCCGGGGAGGACUACAGCAAAGUCAAAAACGUGACGUCAAACAAUAUUCUGCUUCUGCAGAGGGAAACGUCCCAUCAGUGCGUGGACAAUUACAGACAGGACUUGGACAGCCAGGCUGAUCAAUGCACAACCCAACAACCACCUCAUCCCUGCAAACCUGCCGUCCACCAAUCGAACAGUGGGAUGCCACUGGAAGGCAUGAGAGUGAUGGGAAAUGGUUAUGUAGAUUCAACAGUCUUAAUGCCAACCUACUAGCACGUAGUGGUCCAAUGCAUGAGUGCAAUCUGCCUCAAAUGCAGCAAAAACUAUAAGCUGACCACAAAACCACUAAACUGUCAACAGCUCUUGCCAAGUCCUAAAAGAAGCGCUUUUCUCCCUCACACACCGGUUUAAUGAGGAGAAUUUAUAUAUUUAUAAGAAUAUUUACUUUUAGAAUAUAUUAGCAAGAGGGUCUUGUUUCAGAGCUGAGGUCUAAACAGGGUGUGUGUGCUGUAAACUUUUACAUUGCUUACUUUUAUGUAAAAACAGGUUUUUUAUUGGCUUUGAAGGUUUCAUGAAGAAUCUUUAACAUCCAUGGAAUCUUUCAAUUGCACAAAAGGUUCUUUAUAGUGAAAAAUGUUCUUCACAACAAGAAAAAAAGUUCUUUUUAGAACUAUGAACUGAAAUUUUUUGGGGGGAACCUAAAAAAUGGUUCUUCCUUGGCGUUUAUGUGAAAAACCCUCUUUUUUUAACCUUUUUUUUAAAGAGUGUGAGAAAUCAUUGAUUUUGUUUCUUUGACAGAUUGUGUAUUUUGAUGAGGUGACACUUAUAAACACCCCAAAAAAAAAAAAAUUACUAAAAUGGAUCCCAUUCACUUUAUUGCACAUUUCUGCAAAAUUCACUUAAAUUCUGCUUAGUUUUGAUACUAUAUUAAUCCAUAGCCGAAUAGCCAUUCAGGCAUUGGGAUUUCAUGGGACAUGUCAGUUAAAGCCUACUUUUCACAAUCCAGCAAUAGCCAAUGGAAUUCUUCUGUAUUUUAUGCUGUUUUACUCAAAAAUACACUACCAGUCAAAAGUUUUUGAACAGUAAGAUUUUUAAUGUUUUUAAAGAAGUCUCUUCUGCUCACCAAGCCUGCAUUUAUUUGAUCCAAAAUACAACAAAAGCAGUAAUAUUGUGAAAUAUUUUUACUGUUUAAAAUAACUGCUUUUUAUUUGAAUAUAUUUUAAAAUGUAAUUAAUUCCUGUGAUCAAAUCUACAUUUUCAGCAUCAUUACUCCCGUCUUCAAGGUCACAUGAUCCUUCAGAAUUCAUUCUAAUAUUCUGAUUUGCUGUCCAAGAAACAUUUAUUAUUAUUAUCAAUAUUUAAAACAGUUGAGUACAUUUUUUAGGAAUUUCCGAUGAAUAGAAGGAUCCAAAGAUCAACAUUUAUCUGAAAUAAAAAGCUUUUGUAACGUUAUACACAAUGCCAUUCAAAAGGUUGGAUGCUUUAAAUUAAUCAAAAGUAAUGAUAGACAUUUAUAAUGUUACAAAAGAUUUCUAUCUCAGAUAAAUGCUGUUCUUCUGUUUUUUCUAUUCAUCAAAAAAAAACAAAAAAAAAAAAAAAAAAAAAAUUCUACUCAGCUGUUUUCAACAGAAUAAUAAUAAUUAAAAGUUUUUGAGCAGCAAAUCAGAAUAUUAGAAUGAUUUCUGAAGGAUCAUGUGACUAGAGUAAUGAUGCUAAAAAAAUCUAUUCAAAUAGAAAACAGGUAUUUUAAAAGUAAAAAUAUUGCAAAAUUUUACAUUUUUCCUGUAUUUUGGAUCAAAUAAAUGCAGGCUUGGUGAGCAGAAGAGACUUCUUUAAAAACAUGAAAAAUCUUACUGUUCAAAAACUUUUGACUGGUAGUGUCUAUUGUGGAAGUAAAAUGAUUUGUAAACGCCAUUUCAUGUUAACUUUUAACAAUUUGUCUUAUUUAGAUAUUAAUGAGAUUUGAAAACUUAGCACUUAGCAUAGUUGCCCUCAGCAAACGACUAUGCAUUGUUAUUGUAUGUAUGUUCAUCAUGGCACUGUUACGUGUUCAAAGCCACUACUUUAUGCCACCGUCCACUCCUAAACUACAUGAUGGGGUCUGAUGCUAUAAUGUACGUGGACUAUUUUUUAUAAACUGAUCUUGAGUAUUAUCAUUAUCAUGAGCAUUCACCCAGUUCACAACUUAAAGCAUUUCACUACACAUUCCAUUAAUUUUAAAUAUAAUAGCAGUUAUUUAAAACUCACACAGCAUAUUAUAUAAACACAAGAGCACUGUUUGCAGUCAGAGUUGGUUUAGUCCUACUGUAAUCCUACUGCAAACAUAGUAUAAUCUCAGCCAUAAGAUUUAAAUGUCUUUGCUUAUUAAUGGUACACUAAUGAAAAAGUAAAUUGUUUAAAAGGGAUUUGAACUGAUUGUAGACUCUUGUAAUUGUGAAGACUUUGCCUUUGAUAUUUACAACUCUCAGGUGGAGGAAAGCUUGCAUAAACACUCCUGCCGAAUGUAUGUAUUAUAGAAGUUAUAGGCACUGAUUUUAAACAUAUUGUAAGCACGACCGAAAAAUCAUACAGUGCCAGCAGUCAAAUAUUUUUCCAAAUAUGUUACAGCGAACUGUUCAUUGUAAGAAUUUGUGUGUUUCUUUGAAUGUUAACCUUGUGAGAAUCUAUUUUUCCAAGACUGUAUAUCUUUAGAUCAUAGGUAGCCAUUAAUUCAGCACUGUAAAUUUUUAUGUUUGAUAUAAAAAAAGAAAUUCUAAAAAUAUUUUUCAAAUUAGAGAGAUCGGCAUAUAUGCAUUUAAUCCAGCCAAACAAUUAUUAUCUUGUGCAUGUAUAAAUCACUGACCAUUAAACCAGUUACAUGGAGACAAGGAAGAUUUUAGCCCUUGCCAGUGCAAGAGUCAACCUCCACAUGUUGCCUUAUUUUAUGCAUAAAUCUCUGAAAGCAGAGUGAGGUGUAUUUUUUGGAAAGGAUCAUUUAUUAAAUAUAUAUUUAUGUGUAAAGUUGCAUUAUGCAUCCAUGUAAAUAUACAAUAAAUAUUCGGUUGUUAUAUAUAAUAUAGAAACACAUUUAUAUGUAACCUACGGAUAAUAUAUAUAUAUUGUACUGACACAUAGUUUUGUCAGGUUUGUCUAAGCCAUACAUAAAUCAUCCCAUCUAACUGAUUUGUGAGUAGCGUAAGAUUUUUUCAUAUCUUGGUUUUUGAACAGUCACACAUUCUGAGUUUCAAGCCUAAUAAAUCUGCAUGGAAAAGCAUGUUUAUUUUAAUAGAUUUCUAACUCAGGCAAUGGCAAAUCUACAAAAUGCGUAUUUUUAUCAGUAUCUAAUUUAAUGUGAAGCCUCAGGGCAAGAGUUUGAAAUAAUAUUUCAGUCUAUUUAAUCUGAGAGCAAGAUAUUUUACAAAGAAAAUGCGUAUGCCGAAAUCUCCUGGAGUGAUGAUUAUAUUCUCAUGUAGAGAUGAAAACUUUCCAACACCAUUUGACUAAAAAAUGUGUUCAAAUCACAAAAAUGUGUUUGUUAUACACUAAGAAUACUAUUAUUACUGUAUAUACAGUACAUAAAAAAUGUUGCUGUUUUAUUUAGUCUUUUUUCUGUACUGUCAAGUCACUGGAGGUUCUGAAAUUAAAUUUGUGAUAUUAACCUAUGUAAGAAAUACAUCUUGUGUGUUCUACUGUGUUCUGCUCUCCAUAAACAUUAUUUGUGAAAUCACAUAGCAAAACCAUUAAAAGAUGCUCAGAUUGUUUCA